AUGUCACCCACCAUUACUCUGCCCUGCUUCAGCUCCGUGAUCUUUGCAGCGCGCCGGCAACCCCAGAAAGGAAAGUUGAAGAAUGCAAAAGUGGCCGAGGCCACGCCAACACUUGGCAACACUACAGGCUUCGGUGCCAGCAAGAAAGAGCCACUAUGGCGGUGCGUGGAGGAUUGUGGUGCUUGCUGCAAGCUGGCCAAGGGUCCUGCUUUUGCCACUCCUGAAGAAAUCUUCACAAACCGUUCUGAUGUUGAGCAUUAUAAAAGCUUGAUUGGCCCGGAUGGAUGGUGUAUUCAUUAUGAGAAAAGCACACGCAAGUGUUCAAUUUAUCCUGAUCGUCCCUAUUUUUGUCGUGUGGAGCCUGAUAUAUUCGAGUCACUGUAUGGCAUUACAAAGAAGAAAUUCAACAAGGAGGCAUGCGGUUGCUGUAGAGACACCAUUAAGGCAAUCUAUGGUUCACAUUCAAAGGAAUUGGAUAACUUCAAUCGCUCGUUGAGGAGUUCUGAUUAG